GUCCGAAUUUUCAAAACAAACAAAUGGAAAUGUCGUACAAGGCGAGUUCUCGCUCCGCGGACUUUAUUAAUUUGCUCUUUUCAAGCAUAAGCUCCCCAACCAUUAUUUCGACGUUAGCAGUAGCUGUAUAUGUAUGGAUAAUUUAUUUCUACUAUUCCCUUUCAAAACAUCAUCUAGCAUGAAUAUCCGUGAUCCUCGGAAAUCUUUUUUACGAAGCAAUUGCGAAAGUUUUUUUUCAUCUUGUAUCGCUGCUGAUCUUGCUGAUUUUGAAAAUGCACCAGAAGUGGAUACAUUUUUGAAUGAUGUAAACUGUCAACUUCUAUCAGUGACUCCGUGUGAAGAAACUCUCAAACUAAGUUUGCGCAUUCCUCAUUGUGAGGGUGAUGAUAGUAUUUUGGUAUUUUUCAAAAAGCAACCUACUCCUGUGACUGAAACUAACCUUCAUCAAAUCAUCCUCAUGACCACAAUUGUGAAAUCUCCUCUUAUUGGACUUCAUCAUACCCUACAGCAUGUAUUUGCUCCUGCAUUACUGGAGGAUGAAAAAUGGAAUCAUGAAGUUGAUCCUUUACUUCAAACACAAAUUAAUAAUCUCGGGAACACUAUCAAACAUUUAGUGCUUGGUCAUUGCACCUCCAAUGACCCAGAGUCAGUUGCAGAUAUUUUAACUGUUGAAGAUGAAGUGUCAUUCUGGUUUGCCUUGAAGCAGUCUGGCCAAUCUCAAAUUCCUGCGAAGAGGAUUGAAGCUAUCAUUCCAGCCUUGGAUUCACUAAAGCAAGCCUUGAAAAAUUUAUCUCUAUCUUCAUUAUUUGAUGUUGAAGACCUUUACGAAACAAUCCAAAAUUCCUUGGAUGAUCUUUGGAAAGUGAAGUAUCCAGCAUCAAGAAUGAAACACCUCUUUGAUGUGGUCGGCAACACAUUGUGCACUCUCAUCAUGAAACAUCUUACUGGUGUUGACUUAUGGAGUAGCCUCGUGGACGUUACAGAUAUACUGUCAAUUUGCAUCGACGUUUGUGAAAAGUUUAUUGCCGUUUGCGAGCAACUAACUAUGACUUUCUGGCCGCACUACACUGAGCAGGAGUGGUCUUACGGAAGAUAUAUUCCUUCUUACGUUGAUGGGUUUUGCGGAAGGUUACAGGAGAUUUUCACGUUACGAACAGUUCACUGGCAGCUGAGUCGACUUCUCUCCGCUCAGGAAAGGAGUCAGUUUGUUCAAGGGUUGAGUUUCACACCCUUUACAGGCUUAAAUGCGCUUCUGUGGAGUCCGUACUCUCAAGCGUGGAACAUGGCAGUCAAUGAACAUGAGAAAAAUUUAGGUCCUGUUAAAGAGUGCGUUGCCCACAAACUGAAAGAACAGUUGCACAGUCUCAAUGUCCCAAUUCUACAAUACUUGCAGGAGUUCAAGCGCUAUGAGGUGCUGAUCCAAUGUGACCUGAUUGCUGAUACUCUACGCUCAGAAAGAGAGAAUCUGCUGGAAAUCUUAAAAAGAUAUAUCAAUGAGGUAAUGAGUUUAAACUUUGAUGCAGAAAGCACAAAAAGCAUGGCAAUGAAAGACGUUGAUAUGCCGCCCUUGAUCGCCAGUAUUUAUUGGACGAGACAGCAAGAAGAAAAGGUGAUCAGUAUCGAAUCAACUAGUCAUCUUUUACUGAAUGAUUUACAAGGUUUCAAGGAACUUGAAGAAACUCUUGAGGCCCUCAAAAAGUUGUUAAAAGACUUUCAAACAGAAAAGUUUAAUGCCUGGUCAAGGGAUACUGUCUCAGAACUUGCAAAUAGGAACAUUGGUCUAAGCACAAAUGAACCCGUCGUACACUUUGAACAAAAUAAGCUCAUGAAAGUGAGCUACAGCCCUGAAUUGAUCAGGUUCAUUCGAGAAGUGCAACAACUUCGAGUUCUUGGUUAUCAUAUUCCUGAUAAAAUUCAAGAAGCGGCAGAUCUUGGCAAAAAAUUUAAAUCUCAAGCAAUGACAUUAGAGCAAGUAUGUAACGAAACUGAUGGCUGCACUUUUUUUGAAAAUAUUAUUUUGAAUUUUAACCUCCAACCGAGUUUUUUAAUCUUAAAGAUAAAUAUUUCCUAUGCGGUGUGUGCAACAUUCCACAACACAAUUGGUGAUCGCAUGAUUCCGUCUCAAAGGCCCAUGAUGCUCACCGCUGCAGUGGAAUUGGCUAGACUAGUUCAGAGUCAGAAUAAUGUUACAUGGUCAGAUAUCACAUCUGUUGAUUCGUACAUUGCAAAACUCCAGGCAGCAGUUCAGACCCUAGCAUUGCAGAAUGAUACUCUGGUGUCUCAUCAUCAAAAGUUAACUGAAAAGGUAAUUUUUUUAAUGGAUACUGACCUAAUUCGCGAAUUGCCUAAGUGGAGAGAAACUGUGUCAGAAAUGCGGAACAUUAUCAAAGAAGUUGAAGCCACAUUUACAAAUACAUCUUCUUGGAAAUCUCAUUGGAAUCAUCAACUUUACAAAGCCUUGGAGCUUCAGUAUCGAGUAGGCUUGGAGCAUCUGAAUCACCACUUGCCGGAAAUGAAAAUAGAGGUAGUGUUUCGUCAACAGAAACUUCAGUUCAACCCCUCAGUUGAAGAAAUUCGUGCAAAGUAUUACUCUCAGUUGAAGAAAUUUUUAGCCAUUCCUCUCAAUUUCAGAGGGGUCUCUGAUACAGGCCUUUUCCAAAUUAUGGUAGAGAGAAAUGCUCCAAGGUUCCUUCAAGCAUUUGAUACUGCUGAAACCCUGUUCACCAAACUUUUCGGGGUCCUGGAUGACUGGUUGGAACAUGUUGCUUUGGGCUCCGUGGAUUUAGAGCAGCUGGUUGCGCAAAGCCUUCAUGUUGCUGAAGACUGGGACAAUAAUUUUAAGAGCUCAAAAGCUUGGGGUCAAGAGAUGUCUCAUCUCAUCAGUUGCGACAAGAAAUUUGAGUGCUUUACAGUAAGUUGUGCACCUGUUUUAUCAGAAAUAGAAUUGCACAAUCGCCGGUUUUGGGAUGUUUUAACAGUGUCACUUCAGUCUUCCAUUCUUCGAGAUGUUGCCCUGGUUGAAAGUUUCAUCUCGGAGUCUCGCCUUCUUUUAGAAAAGCAGCCUCAAUCUUUACUUGAAAUAGGAGACGCCAAUGCCUCCUAUGUGAAAAUUAUGAACUCAUCCAAGGAGAUGGCAAAACUUGUGGUUGAAAUAGAGAAAAAGAACAAUGUUCUAUCAAGCUGGACAAAGGAUCGAAUGGAGCAAGUUGCAGACUUGAAAAUUUCAUGGGAUAAUUUUGAGUCCAUAUUGAGCAAUCAGCAGUUUGUCUUAAAUCAACAGGUAGAAAACAUGAAAAAUCACCUAUCCACACUCUCUGAGAAUCUGAAAAGUGAUUUUGAGAAAUUUGCUCUGCGCUGGGAGCAACUGCGUCCGAAAGAAGCAGAUGCCCUUGACAUGAGUGGGUCUGUACUUCAGACCAACCUUACCAUAUUGAAAGAAAAAAGGGAAGAAUGGAAUCUGUUAUGUGAAACGUUGGAAAGUAUCAGACAAGAUUAUGUAAAAUUCACCAUGGACCCGCCAGAUUUUCCUGCUUUUGAAAUGGUAGGAUCAGAUUUAAAACGUCAUGAAGAUAUUUGGGCAUUGUAUGAACAGUUCGCCUCGUCACUGGAAGAAAUUGGGAAAGAAGACUGGAUUGUCAUGAGAAACAAAGUAGUCAAGAGAAUGGAUGACUUUGUGUCAAGCUGGAAUGAGAAACUGACCCAAUCACAAGCAACUCCAUUGAUAGCACGUCUUCUUCAAGAGAUAGAAAAGUACAAGGCAUUCAUCCCAUGCUUGAGGUUUUUAAGAGGUGAUAUGUUUAGUGAAAAGCACUGGGUGGAACUGUUUUCAAUAAUUGAGCAGCCGUACAAGCCUGUGGAGCUCAUUGUUUUUAAUGACUUUCUCCAACAUAAAGAAAUCGUCCAAGACCGCCUCUCUUUAAUUCAGGAGCUAAAUACUCGAGCAGCCAAUGAAAUAGUUCUCAGACAAGCAUUUUCAGAACUGGAAAUCUGGGAGGUCGAAGCAAAAUUUACCAUGAUGAACCAUGUUGACUCAGCAAAAUGUAAUAUAUCGCUCAUUAAAGACUUCAAAACUGUAAUGAGCAAGGUUGGAGAUAAUCAAUGUCUCCUGCAAUCAAUUAAAAGCUGCCCCAAUCAUGAGCAUUUUUUGGAUCGUGCUAGCCUCUGGGAGACUAAAAUGUAUGAUUUGGAUCUAUUUUUAAGACAUUUAAGUCAAAUUCAGCGCAAAUGGUUGUAUCUGGAACCAAUUUUCGGGAGUAGUUCUCUGGAUGUAGAGCGAGGGCGUUUCGAAAGAGUCGAUCGAGACUUCAGGUUUGUCCUGAGCGACCUCAUUGCUGGCGGCUGUCGAGUCAUAACACUAACUCGGAUCAACAAUAUUCGAAAUAUUCUGGAUACGUUGUUAUCCUUGUUAAAUUCUUGUCAAAACAGUCUCAAUCAAUUUUUGGAGAAAAAACGAUCACUUUUCCCGAGGUUUUACUUCCUGAGUGAUGAAGACCUCCUCGAAAUUUUGGGGCAGUCGAACAAACCGCAAGUGGUUCAGCUCCAUUUGAAAAAAUUGUUUGCAGGAAUUCACAGUGUCAAGUUCAAUACUGAAAGUACACAAAUCCUGAGUAUGGUUUCUGCUGAAGGUGAAAUCGUCAAUCUUUUAACUCCUGUUACUGUUACUUCGAAAAUUGAAGAAUGGUUGAAAAAGCUGGUAGAGGAAAUGCAAAGAACAUUAAAGGAGUUGAUCAUUUCCUGUUUAAGAAGUCCUGAUCCUUCAAGUUAUCCAUCUCAAGUACUAUGUUUGGCAGAAAGCGUUUCAUUCACACGUCAGUGUGAGGAUGCAAUCGCUAAAGGAACAUUGUCUACUCUACACUCAGCUUUGAAAAACCAGCUAGAGAAGCAUACCAGUGUGAAAGUGGAAUCUCACGUGAUGGAGUUGAAACUAAAAGCCCUAGUCAUGGACACAAUCCACCAUUUAAGAAUCAUUUCAGAGUUGGUAGAGGCCUCAGUCUCUUCUCUCAAGGAUUGGAAGUGGCAAAAUAAACUUCGGUUCUAUUUGAGGAAGGACAACACUGUUGUUGUCAAAAUGGUUGAUGCGGAGUUUGCUCAUUCCUAUGAGUAUGAGGGUAAUGCUCAGAAACUUGUCCAUACUCCUCUCACUGAUCGAUGUUAUUUAACAUUAACUCAGGCAAUUCAUGUUGGGCUGGGUGGUAAUCCAUACGGUCCUGCUGGAACUGGUAAAACUGAAUCAGUAAAAGCUCUGGGCAGCCUUUUAGGACGCCAAGUUUUGGUUUUUAAUUGUGAUGAGGGCAUUGAUGUGCACUCUUUGACACGAAUAUUUGUGGGCAUAGUGAAAUGUGGUGCAUGGGGCUGCUUUGACGAAUUUAAUCGACUGGAAGAAACAACACUCUCUGCAAUUUCAAUGCAGAUUCACUCCAUUCAAGAGGCAUUACGAAACAGCAAGAAUAAAGUUUCACUCAUGGACCAAGAGGUGGAUUUAAAUCCAAACUCUGGUAUCUUCGUAACACUGAAUCCUGCAGGUCAAGGGUACGGAGGCAGGCAGAAGCUGCCAGACAAUUUGAAGGAACUUUUCCGGCCAGUGGUCAUGACGCAGCCCGAUGCUAACCUUAUUGCUCAAGUCAUGCUACAAUGUCAUGGCUUCAAAGAUGCUAUUACACUUGGAAUCAGGAUUGUCCAGAUAUUUGAUGCAGCCAAGAACCUGCUUUCAUCUCAGAAGCAUUAUGAUUGGGGUCUCCGAGCUUUGAAAACAGUCAUUAGUAGCUGCUGCACGGCGUACAAAGCAGCGCGGGAGUCAGGAGUGUUAAGUACGAAGAUUAAUGAGGCAGCUCUAGUUGUAGAGGCCUUACGGCUGAACACUCUCUCCAAACUCACUUUCACUGAUGCCCAAAAAUUUGAUUUGCUUGUCAAAGAUGUGUUCUUGGGAGUUCAAUUCCAAUCUAAUUGUCAUAGUGCUCUAAUUGAUGAAGUCAAAAAUGCUUAUGUAUCUCUUGGACUUACUUAUAAUGAACGCCAGGAGAGGAAAUGUAUUGAGCUUUAUGAGCAGCUUCAACAAAGGAUGGGAGUGGUAAUCGUCGGGCCUCCUGGAUCCGGGAAGUCUACCAUUUGCAAAAUUUUAAAACAAGCAUUAAGUGUGCUUGGUCAGACAAUGAAACAGCACACAUUCAACCCGAAAGCCAUGGCACGACACCAUCUCUUGGGACACAUCGACCUUGACACCAGGCAAUGGACGGACGGUAUUAUCAAUCUCACUGCUCAGACGGUUUAUUCAGAACCAGAAACGACACAUUCUUGGGUAAUUUGUGAUGGAGAUAUUGAUCCGGAAUGGAUUGAGUCGCUCAAUUCUGUCUUGGAUGAUAAUAGGUUGCUCACUCUCCCCUCUGGUUGGCGCAUACAGUUUGGAUCAAAUGUCAACUUCCUGUUUGAGACUCAUGAUCUGACCCAUGCCUCGCCUGCCACCAUAUCCCGAAUGGGGGUCAUUUUAUUAAGUGAGGCUGAUGUUGACGUAGACUGCAUUGUGACAGCUUGGUUAAAAGACAAAGCAGCUGAAGAUUCAGCUCUUGCUUUGCUGAUGCAACAAUAUUUUCAGCAAGCAGUGUCCUGGAUUCAGACCAGUGGAGAGAUGGCCGUCAAGUGUUCCUUGAUCACAGUUGUCAAGACUUUUCUUUCACAGCUGACUGAUGUCAAAACUAGAUCGCAUUUUGCUGUAGCAAUGGUCAAUGGUCUUGGAGCAGUCCUAACAUUAAGUUCUAGAAAUGAAUUUGCUAAGCAGGUAUUCACUUGGACCAGUGAAAUGGUGCCUGAUAUGAGCAGUGCGAUGAACUGUUUUUAUAGUGUGGAAAGAGAUUGUGUUGAGACUUAUAGGGUAUCUCUUGAUGAAGAAACACCUCUCUCAUCUCUCAUUCCUACCGCUCAAAUGAAAACUGCUGCUAAUGUCGUUCGAUCUUUCAUACAGUCUAAAGACCCUUUCAUCUUAGUUGGAGCAUCAGGAAGUGCUAAAAGUACAUUGUUGAAACACUGUGUCUCAGAAAUGAGGAAUGUUGAGAUCACAUCUAUUAGCUGCAGCGCGUGUGUUACGCCAACCGUUGUCAUGCAGAAGUUAUCUCAGCUAUGUCUGUUGGUCACCAGUAAUACUGGGCGUGUUCACCGACCAAAAAACUCUGAACAUCUAAUUUUACAUUUUAGCGACCUGAACCUUGCUCGUCCUGAUAAAUGGGGCACCAACAUCUUGAUGGCCUUUCUACAGCAGGUUCUAACUUACAACGGAUUUUUUGAGCCAGUCAACAUGGAGUGGGUUGGAUUAGACAAUGUACAGAUUGUCUGUACGCUUUCAUCUUGUGAAUUUUUGAGCCCUCGUCUCAUCUCUCUCUUCAAAAUCUUGUUCAUUGGAACUCCGAGUACAGAAGAACUGAAAUUAAUUUGCUCUGCAUAUUUAAGAAAUGUGCUCCAAAGUAAAGAGCAGUCCGUGGCUGUAAGCUCAUCUAUGGUCUCUGUGUUCCAUCAGGUAACAGAAGCAUUCAAUCCAACUCUAGAAGACUAUAGUAAAUUUUCUCCACACGCUUUAGCUCACUGGUGUAAGGCUAUGAAACGCUAUCCUCUCCAUGAUAUUAAUUCUAUUUUAGAGGUAUUUGCCUACGAGGCGAAUAAAUUAUUCAGGGAUAGACUACUAACCCUUAAGCAAAGAGAAAAAUUUGAUGAGAUUCUCGUCUCUGUUAUUAAUGACGAGUGGAGCCAGUGUCUACGAGUGAUACAUGAACUCAAAGAUGUCUUUUAUGUGUGUGAAAAUUCUUCUCAACACACACUCAUGCAGCUGAAGUCACAAGAUUGGGCAGCUCUUGUUCAAAAAUCUCUGAGCCAACUCGAAAACGAUGGUCAUGAUGUGGAAAACAUUUUGGUCACUCCUGAACUUUUAAAUGCAGCAGCUCAAUUCGAACGAGUCCUGACGGACAUGAAAGGCUCCCUUUUCUUACCUGGGAGUAGUGGAUUGGGCAGGAAGACUGCCAUUAAGAUCAUCGCCAGUAGACUAACAGCCAAAAUUGUUUAUCCAAAAAUCGGACAAAAUUACUCAUUCUCAAAUUUUAGAAACGACAUGAAAAAUGUGAUGCAGCAAGCAGGAAUUGAAAAUGAGCAAAUAUUCCUCAUUUUAGAAGAUCACAAUCUAAUAUUUCCAGAAAUCAUGGAUAUGAUUAAUAGUUUCCUUUCAUUCGGUGAGAUUCCUGGUCUGUUUCAAGUUGACGAACUAGAAAAUUUGGCUUCCCCUUUGAAAGACUCCGCUGAGACCGUAGGAAAAAGCUCCAUUGAACUGUUCUUUGAAAAUACCCACAACAAUCUUCAUAUGAUCUUGAUAUUGGAUCCUUUACACACUGACUUCACCUCACAUUGUGCUCAAAAUCCAGCAUUGUACAAGCACAGCACUGUAAUUUGGACUCUUGACUGGUCAUUGCAGACGAUGAGAAUGAUGGCAGAAGACUCCUUAUCUCGGAAAAUGAAGGUAGAAAUCGAAAAUGAGACCUUGUUGGAGAAUGAAGUGACAGUCUCAGCCAUCAGUGAUGAAAUAAUCUCGGUUUUCGUGAAAAUUCAUGAACAAGCACAAAAGUGGACCGAUGCCACACUGAAACAGUACAUUGCGCUAGUGAACUCCUACUGGCAUCUCUUUAAAUCUUCUUACAAACAAAUCAUCUCCAAGCAACGGAGAUUACAAACAGGUGUUUCAAAAUUAACGGAAGCGCGUGAUAUUGUGGCCAAACUGAAAAGUGAAGCAACAGAACAAGAAACCAAGCUUGCAGAGAAACAAAGUAAAGCAACACUUGCCUUAGAAAUGAUUACAAAUACGAUGAAAUCUGCCAACACACAAAAAGGAGAAAUGGAAACCUUGAAAGAAGAGUUUGAAAGAGAAAACGCAGCUCUGUCAGAAAGGAAAAGAGCAAUUGAUGCAGAAUUGGCAGAAGUGGAGCCUUUGAUUAAAGCAGCUCAAGCUGCCGUCGGCAACAUCAAAUCGGAGUCUCUGUCAGAAAUCAGGUCCCUGCGCGCACCACCAGAUGUCAUCAGGGAUAUUUUGGAAGGUGUUUUAAGGCUCAUGGGCAUUCAAGACACAUCGUGGAAUUCAAUGAAGUCUUUUCUUGCAAAGCGAGGAAUUAAAGAAGAUAUUCGUUAUUUUGAUGCCAGGAAGAUCAAUGCAGACAACCGCGCAUCAGUUGAGCAACUUUUGCAGGUAAGGAAAGACUCUUUUGAAGCAAAGACAGCGCUUCGAGCCUCAGCUGCAGCCGCACCCCUUGCCACGUGGGUCACAGCAAAUGUUAAGUACUCUCAAAUUUUGGAGAAAAUUCGACCUUUGGAGCGGGAACAAAACAAACUUCAACAGAAAUUAAUGUUAGCUGAAGAACAAAUCGGUGAAUUGAGCAUGGGUCUUGAUGAUGUUGAUAAAAGAGUUGUUGAUCUGAAAGAGCAACUGAAUACCAAUACAAAAGAGGCGGUGGAGAUUGAAAUCAGCUUGAACAAGGCCAAGGAGACACUUGCUGCUGCUGAGGGACUUGUCAUGAAAUUAGAUGAGGAAUAUUUACGGUGGAAGGAACAGUUAAGUGAACUAGGAUUGCAAGUGGAAACCCUGAAUGUUCAUUCUUUACUUGCUGCUGCUUUCAUUGUUUACUUACCUUCUUGCUCUCAAGAUUUUCGCCAGCAGACUGUACAGCAGUGGCAAAAAAUGUUGAACGUUGAAGAGUUCUCUUUCGUUCGGUUCAUGAAGUCAGAAUGUGAACAGUCUCAGUGGGUAUCCGAAGGACUUUCGUCGGAUCAACUUUCAUGUGAAAAUGCAUUUAUAAUUUUGAAGUUGCUGGAAAUGAGCUCCGAGCUAAACCUAACGCCUUUUGUCAUCGACCCAACAUCAAUGGCUACAAACUGGUUAAAAAAGCACCCGACAGACAGUUCAGUGGAAGUAGCAACCCAAAGUGACCCCAGAUUCCUGACUACUCUUGAAUUAGCAAUUAGAUUUGGUAAAGUUCUAAUAAUACCUGAAGUUAGCAACAUCUGUCCUAUUCUCGUUCCUAUACUCAGAGGAAAUUUCUUGUUCCAAGGCUCCAGGAAGCUGAUAUUAAUCGGAGAAAAAGUUGUAGAUUUUAACGACAAGUUUCGUCUCAUCUUGUCUUGUCAAGAAUGCACACUGCCACCGAGUCAAAAAGCAUCAGUGAUCUCAAUCAACUUUUCUCUCACAAAAGCUGGCCUAACUCAGCAGUUGCUGAGCUGUGCUUUGAAAAUUGAAAAACCUGAACUUGAGGUGAAACACAACGAAUUGCUCAAAAACGCUGAAACUCUAAAAUUACAACUACAUGAGUUGCAAGAAAAUGUUCUAAAAGAACUAGCCAACUCACAAGGGAACAUUCUGAAUAAUAAGGAGCUGAUAGAUUCACUGAACAACACAAAGAGGAGCAGCGAAGGUAUCAGUAUUUCCUUGACCAAAUGUGAACAGCUUCAAUCAGCACUGACGCAAGAAUGCAAUGCAUAUCAAGCUCUGAUUGAUGCCGCAGCAAAUUUAUAUUUUGCUUUAGAUUCCUUAAAGCUCAUGAAUGUUUUUUACCAAAUGUCAGUUGCAACUUUCACAAACUUGUUUGAGAAGACCCUCUCUUCUACUUUCCAAGAAAUUGGAUCCGUGGACAGGAAAGGAAAGUUCAUGGCAUUUCUUCAUGCUGUGUAUAAUUUCAUGAGCCGAUGUCUUUUCAAGGCAGACAGAUUGACCUUUGCCCUGCAUUUGGUUCGCAACGUAUUUCCUCAGCUUUUUUUACCUAAUGAAUGGGAGUUGCUCAUUGGUCAAGCUGUUGGUGAUUUAAAAAUUGAUACUGCCAAGGUGAAUGACGUUGUGCCUCAGUGGAUUGACAAGGAUCGUGCAUUUGAUGUCUUCAUUCUUCAGAACACUCUCCCCAAUUUGUAUUCAACUCUGCGAUUAGAAGAGGAGGCAUUGUGGCGAGAAUUCAUGACAAAAGGGGAUGUCAUCAAAGUUCCUCCCCAUUGUACAGAUACAGUGUCAGACGUCCAAUUCUUGUUAAUUGUCCAAGCAUUAAGACCAGAUAAGCUUCACUCCACCUUAACCAGCUUUGCCCUUCAAACUUUAGAGUUACAGGUUCUCUCUCCACCAAUGUUUAGCUUGAACUCAUUGCUUGCUGAGUCGAAUAAUUUAGACCCAAUUUUGUUCAUCAUUUCACCUGGUUCAGAUCCUUCAUCUACACUUAGAGACCUGGCAUCCUCUAUCAUGUCAAUGAGUCGCUAUCAAGAGAUCGUUUUAGGGCAAGGACAAACUGAAACAGCUGUAAAAAGUUUACUUGAUGCAGCUAAGAAUGGGCUUUGGCUUGUCCUGAAGAAUCUUCAUCUUAUGAUAUCUUGGCUUCCUAUCUUGGAGAAAGAGUUGAGACAAUUAGAGCCGCAUCCAGAUUUCCGUCUGUGGCUAACGUCAGAACCACAUCCAAACUUUCCAAUUUUUCUAGCACGAGCUAGUCUGAAAGUAGCAUAUGAGGCUCCGCCUGGUGUAAAGAGGAAUUUGCUGCAGACAUUUAACUCAUGGCUUCAUGUGAGGCCAAGAAAUCAGGAGCAUGCUGCAGCCAUGUUUAUUUUGGCGUGGUUCCAUGCAGUUGUACAAGAAAGGCGAACAUACAUUCCACAAGGUUGGGUCUCUCAUUAUGAAUUCAAAGAUGCUGAUCUCCUAACUGCUGUCAACUUCCUUCACAAAAGAAUCCAAGGAGAUGAAAGUCAAGGACUGAAAUGGGAGUAUUUAAGGGGCCUUUGUCUGGAUAGUAUUUAUGGAGCUCGAAUUGAUAAUGUUUAUGAUCUCCGCAUUUUAUCAUCCUACUUGAAAUCAUAUUUUCGAUCCUCUGAUUUGAGGAGUAACCCAGUCUUCAAGAGACUUCCAUACUUCUCCAUUCCAGCCAGCUCUAAUAUAGCAGACUACAUUGCUGUUUUGAAAAAAUUACCUGACACUGAUGAUCCAGAGAUGUUUGGUCUGCCUGUAACCAUUGAUCGAUCGUGGCAAAAAAUCAGAAGCACAGAGGUCAUUAAUCAAUUGAAAGGUCUGACAAGGAGAGCAAAGCAGAUUGGUGUCAGCCAAGAGGAUUGGAAAACUCAGCUUUCACCCAUCUUAAACCUAUGGAAGAAGUUAAAUCAGGGACUUGGAUUUUUGCAGAUGAAACCAACGAACAGUCCUAAGGGCCAACUACCACUUAUUGAGGAAUUCUUUUUUAAUGAAUUGGAGUACGGCAUUAUGCUCAUCCACGAGAUACAUAAAAGUUUAGCGAGUCUUAGUCGUGUCAUUAGAGGUGUGAGUCAGCCUUCGGCUCGUACUGAAUCCCUGGCUGAGACUUUAGCCAACUUGAAGGUCCCCUAUGAUUGGCACCAACUAUGGGUCGGCCCUCAAAAUCCAAUGAGCUACAUUCGGAGUGUCGUAAAUAGAGCAAGUGCAGUCCUUCGGCUUAGCUCUUUGAAAGCCGAUGAUAUUUUAAAUCAGCCCUUUGAUUUAGCUGAUAUUUAUCAUCCGGCCACGUUUUUCACUGUUCUUAGGCAGCACUCUACUAGGACCUACAAUGUAGCUUUUGAUGAAUUAAUCCUGAACAACAGCUGGUCUAAAAGUGACAGGAAGGACAAAGAGAUUUCCGUGAGAAUUACAGGACUCCUGUUGGAAGGUGUCAGAUUUGAUGGUCGCCAACUGAGAGAGAAUACUGUUGACUCACCAACAGUUAUGGUUGUCCCUGACGUCACAAUUGCUUGGACCCUCAAGGUCUUGUCUGAUGAGGACGACAAUCAAGUUUCAUUUCCUCUUUAUAUGUUUCCGGACCGCGAGACUCCUAUCAUCAACAUCAAAGUAUAUUCACGUUCAGAAGAGGUGGACAAAUGGAUCCAGACUGGAGCUGCAUUUCAUUUGCGCAAUUAAGAUAUUUUAGUUUUCCAACAUACACACAUUAUUCAAAUGGGUGAAUUUCAUCUAUUGAUUUUCAGUAAGGUCUGGAACUUUAAAUAAUGGAAAAACUUUAUUGUCCGGUGGAAAUUUUGUCCCAUCAAGUUUUAACUGAUUUUUACAAUAAUAAAACCAUCACAUCAAGUAAGCUCUAGAUAUCUAAUGGAGGCUCUAUGCAAACUUUGCAAGAGUACGAACAAUGCAACUAGACAAGGUACAAAUUGAAGCA